CGGCCGGCCGAACUGGGAGAGCUCUCCGGAUUCCUGUGGGAUGUGUAUUGCCCGGAGAUUCAGCUCCCUCGAAGCCCAAGACCGGCCGGUUGGCAUCCACACCGACCAAGGAGGCGACAAGUCGGUUGAGGACUACAAAGGGCGGUCCCGUCCAACCACUUCUCCCUCGAGGAAAUCCCCGUCCUUCCCUUUUAUCGCCCAUCUCCUUCUCGCUUUCGCGCCCUACUUAAUAAGACUCUAGCAACAAUGGGUGGCGCAGGAGCCAUUGAGCCCGGCACGGCCGACCCCAUCAUCACCCGUCUCGCCAACCAGGAUAAGAUCGUAUGGUACAAGAAGCCGAACUUGAGAUAUCUCUACUUCCUGCUCUUCCCGACGUGUAUGGGAAUCGAGCUGACUUCCGGUUUCGACUCGCAAAUGAUCAAUGCCCUGCAGAUUGUGCCCACCUGGAUAUCGUUCUUCGGCGACCCUCAAGGGGCUCUGAAAGGGAUCAUCGCCGCUGCGUACUCGCUCGGCGCCAUACUCUCCCUCCCGUUCAUCGGCAUCAUCAACGACAGAUAUGGGCGUCGGUACUCCAUCAUCGGUGGCUCCACCAUUAUGGUAAUAGGAGCCUUGAUCCAAGGCUUCUCUGUCAAUGCCGGCAUGUAUAUCGUGGCCCGACUGAUCCUCGGAUUCGGCAUUCCCACGUGUAUCGUCUCGGCCUCGUCCCUAAUUGGAGAGCUGUCCUACCCGAAGGAGCGACCUAUCUUAACGUCGCUCUUCAACGUGGCAUACUUCAUCGGUCAGAUUACUGCCGCGGGCAUCUGCUUCGGAACGAACAACAUCACCACGAACAUGGCGUGGAAGAUCCCUUCGUGGCUUCAGAUGUGCCCCUCGCUAGUGCAGAUUGCCUUCACCUUCCUCCUCCCGGAGAGCCCUCGAUGGCUGGUAAGCCAGGACAGAUCCGAGGAGGCGUACGAGAUCCUAGUCAAGUACCACGGCGAAGACGACCGCGAAUCCGAGUUCGUAAAGGCCGAGUUCGCUCAGAUCCAGGCCACCAUCAACAUCGAACUCGAGCACUCGAGCAAGUCGUGGGCUGACCUAUUCGCCACGGCCGGUAUGCGCCGCCGCUUGUUGAUUAGCUGCAUGCUGGGUCUCUUCACCCAAUGGUCCGGCAACACGCUCAUCUCGUACUACCUCGGCGACCUCCUGGCGAUGAUCGGCAAGAGCGACUCUAUCUUCAAGCAGCAGAUCAACCUGGCUAGUUCGUGCUGGCAGCUCGUCUGCGGUACAUGUGCCGCGAUGCUUGUGACCAAGUUCAAGCGGCGGCACAUGUAUCUAGCUUGUACGAUCUCGCUACUCUGUGUGUACAUUUCCUGGACGAUCAGCAUGGAGAGGGCCAUCGCCGGCAAUGAGUCGGGGAACCCCAACAACGCGGCGAACGUGGCUACGAUCUUCUGGAUCUUUGCCUACUCGCCCUGCUACAACAUCGGAUACAACGCCUUGACUUAUACUUUCCUCGUCGAGCUCUGGCCGUACGCAGAGCGUUCCCGCGGUAUCGCCUUCUUCCAGCUCUUCGGUCGUCUUGCGGGAUUCUUCACGACCUUCGUCAACCCCAUCGGGCUGAGAAACGUGAGCUGGCGGUACCUCAUCUCGUACUGUUGCUUCCUCGCGUUCGAGAUCGCGUUUGUCUACUUCAUGUUCCCCGAGACGUUCGGUCGAACCUUGGAAGAAUUAGCCUUCUUGUUCGAGGACAAGGCGCUUGCCGACGAGGCCGUCCACGCCGUCGAGAAGGUUGUCGGCCACCACGAAGAUAACGUUAUCACGAAAGAGCACUCGGGCCCAACAGCGGAGGUAUCAGAGGUGAAGAGGGCAGAUGUGUAGAUAGGCGCCCUCGGCUGGCGCCGCAGUUGCUCUAUAUGUCAUACGUCUAGGGCAGUCCGGAUUUAGGCUGAACUCGUCGGGUUGCAUGGUUCUACGCGGUACUCCGGAUAAACGGUGGGAUUCACCCUGUGCAUAGGUGGAGGUGAUCAGCUGCUGAAGAUAUUAUGCGACUCUGGAACCACCAAGUGGAAAUGUGUGUGUCUCAUGCCGGCCGGUAGUCACCUACGUGUGCAGAAGAUGCCCCCGGCAAUGCCUUGAGAGGGCAGGCAGACACGUGGUGGUUGGCGAUGCCGGCCGGCAGUGAACAGCCCGCCCGAACGGGGGCAAUUCCCUAAGCGAAUAUUAUUCACGUAGGAAGCGCAAUACCGACGUGAUUCUCGUAAUUUCUGCAAUGGGUGGAUAUCGCAGAACACCUUCAAGUUCUCCUUUUUCCGGUUUUUCUUUGGUACAAAGCCUACACGAAGUCCAGAAAGUUGCAGGGGGCAUAGUACGGGACAUACCAGACUAAC